AUGUCAGUCUACAUGUUUGCCUUAUCGGCUCAAGAUCUGCUUGCUUUGAUUAUUGUUGCCGAUUUGCUGGUCGCUAUUUCAUUGCCUAUCAAACAUCGUAUCUGGUCGUUAUCCAUUUACAUUCCCCUUGUCACCACUCCCGCUUUCAUCUUUGGUAUCACAUUUGUUGCUUUAUCCAAUGCGUAUGCUGAUCCAAAUCUAAUCUUACCCGCCUGCAAUCCUUUACUUUCAAUGAACACUUUCAUUGCCGAUAUUUGGCUUUUAUGCAAUUUUGGGAUCAAUGCUGUCAUUCUUUUGCUGUACGCUGUGAUUAGUGCGCUGAUUCGAGUGAAGGCUGGCCAAGUGGCAAAGAAAGUUGUGACACAAAACGCGUGUGUGAUGCGGAAAAAGACCGAUGAGCAAAAGGUCCUCUCUUCUUUAUCUCUAAUGAUCUCCGUUUUUGAACUCUCUUGGUGUUCAUUCAUCACUUGUCACCUCAUCUUGAACUAUUCUGGCUUAAAAGCGAACAACGCUGCUAUUCCAUCUCGCAAUCGAACUGUCUCAAUUGGAGUCGCCCCAAUCGAUUCAUCCAAUCAAUUUGUUCUACCUCAAAUUGUUGUCACUUCU